GUGCGCAGCGGCCGGACUCUCCUCCUCCUGAGCGCCGCUGCAGCUCGGGAGUUCCCGGAGAGUCAGUCAGAAUGAAGCCGGAUCACAGCUGACCUCUCCCUCCACUGAGCAGCUCCUCUCCACCGGGGUGAAGGCAACAGGGAGCCCGUCUGCAGGCCCGGAUCCCCCCCACAGAGAUUAUUUUUGCAAUCUGGUGUGGAGCUCUUCAUGCUGCAGAAACAGAAACAGGGAGCAGCAACUUUAAAUAUCAUUUUGUUUCUCACACAAACGUGCAAGUCAACCCGCUUGGAUAGUGUUUGGAGAGCCGAGGAGGAGGUAGGGGAUGCGGCGCGGCAGCAACUGAUGUCUGGAUCAUCUUUUAUUUGAACGACCUUGGGUUCUACUCCUUUCUCUGGAUUAUUUUAUUUUUGUCGGAAUGGAGAAAAAGCAGCCGCAUUAGCCACACUCAUUUAAAAUUGCAAUGAGGUUUCAGCAGGAAGCGAGAAGGUUCACUCAGGGAUGGGCCCCCAGCACCUUCUAGAUCUCCCCCUCUAAUGUGUCUCACAUGUUCAGACAUGGACGGGAGGGGGAGUGGAUGACAGGAGCGCAGUGAGGGCAAGGGGAAGCAUAGAGCUGAGCUGACCGUUAAAACUUCCAUGUGUGACAUCUCACUCAGUCUCUCCCACCCUACAGUAAGGCAAGUAAAUCAAUGCAACAUCCUCCAGAGUAUGGGGUGUGUGAAAUCCAAGAGGAGCGACUGCGCAGCCCAGAAUGCAAACUCCAGAGUGAAAGGCAGGGCGAGGGGGGAGAAGACCUACCUGGUGCACUCGGAGACGGGCUGGGUGGAGGGCUCCCCCCACACCAACCCUGUGCUGAUGGAGUACGCUCACAGGCUGUCCGAGGAGAUUGUGGCCCGGGCCGUGCAGCAGUGGGUGGAGGUGGACCGCCGCUACGGAGACAUCCCAUACAUCGAGUGUGACGUGCCAUGACACGGGGAGGAGGGUCUCAGCCCUUGAUACUUGAGGUGGCUCAACAAGGCCAAUAAACACCUUCAUUCAGAAUGAAUCCCUCUGCUGUGAGAAGAGAUGUGAAUGAGCUGCCAGUAAUUCAGUUUGACCUAAUUUUGGAUUGGAUUACUCUUGGAUUGAACCUAAAAACCCUCCUCCUCCUCCUCCUCCUCCUCCUCCUCCUCCUCCUCCUCCUACUCCUCCUCCUACUCCUCCUCCUCCUCCUCCUCCUCCUCCUGCGAUUAAUUGUAAAAGUUGGAUUCUGUUGGUGUUCAGCUGGAUGUGCUUCUAAGAUCUUAUUGGUUCUCUCUGUGGCUGGACUCAAAGCAAGAAGCUAUCAGAUAUUGCUUGGAAAUGUAAUGUCCCUCUUUGCAAAGCCUAUCCCGGCCCUCGAUGCUGUCCAGAUGUCCCUCCUCUUACGGGGGAAGGUUAUUAUUAGAUCCCUUCAUUUGGUGGUAUCAUCAGGUACUCUAACCCUCCUUCAACGAGUCCAGGAAAUAAUGUGCACAAAUGAUGUUUCCUGCACUCCAGGAUAUUGUUUGGGACCUUUUUUCUGCUGAUCUCUCAGCAGAACCUAAAGCAUAAGAAAGGAUUGACACACUUUCCAGAAGGAUUUGGCUGGCAACAGAACUUGGUUUUCCUCAAAGUGUUUCAGGCCUGUUCUUUUGUCAAUAUUGUGUAAUUUUAACCAGGAAAUACUGCCCCAUGGAGAAAGAAGCACAAAUAUACAAACCUCGAUAACACAUAGCACUCCAAUCCAGUCCGUAUGUGACUUCAAAUACGUUCCUGCGGUUACAUAACAGAGGGCAGCGAUACUAACCAGGGAAGAGCAGAUUUAUUUGGAGAAGAGGUUCAGAACCACCAAAGCCCUUAAGAAUGAGCUGGAUCACAUUCCACAGAUCAGCUCUGUGCACAAAUGCUCUAAAUGAUGUCAUUGGGAUUUGCCCAAAAUGCAAUUAUUAUUGCUAGCUUGUCUGUACUGCACAUGAUAGAGGACACACUUAAACUGCCACACAAUUAUUAAAUAUCAUUACAGCAGUAGGAAUCAGUGAAUAUGAGAAUACUUUCAAUGUCUAUAAAACAUUUUUAAUCACACUUUUAAUCUGCUUAUAGCACUGUAUUAUUAGGUCAAAAGUCCUUGUGAAUAUUCAUAAUGCUUUAAGACAAUGAACAUCGCACAUAAAGCAUUUUCUAAUGAUUAAGGUCAUGUAUCAAAAUAAGAUUUUUGAAAUGCCGGUCACUCAUUAAGCUUUAGACUUUUUUACAUACCUUAAAGAAAAAGACUAUUUUAAAAUAACUUUUAAGCAGCUUGUAAUAUAUUAUAUCUGCCUAUUCCUCAGGAUAGAUAACAGAUCGAGCAUUAUAAUGUUUCGCAACAAUGGGAAUUUAUUAUUGUACUUACAAAAAAAGAGUCAGUGAGUGAGCAGUAUUUAUAAAGUAUAAUGAUAAAAGUCAUCAGCAAAUGCAUUAUAAUGUGUUAUUAUUGUUAUCAAGCUGUAUUCAUAUUUAUGGGUGCUCAUAACUAUAUGACAGUGCUAUAAACAGAUUAUAAAGUAUUAUAAGUAUGAUGCAUAAUAGAAAUACAAAUUGCAAGUAAAUACUCCAACACAAGCCAAUAAGCCAUAUAAAACAGUGGUGGAAGUCUUUCCCUCCACUUGCCUUUUCCGUUAGUUACUGGAUUGACAGAAAACUGGCAAACAACAAGGUAUCACACAGUUGUCACAGAUUGUAUUUGGGAAAUCUAACUACUGCAGAUGUCAAAUGCUUAUUUUAGUGAAGAGCAGCAUCAUAGAGGGUGCAGUGAGGACGUAUUUCUGUAGGCAGACCUGUACAUUAAAAUUGCAAGAGCUUCCUCAACAAAAAGCAAUGAGAUUUCUCCAUUGGAUUUUAUUAUAUGCAGGAAAUAAUCUCUGUGGCAAACACACGUUUAUGAUAUACUGCAAGAUAUGCUCCACAUAUUAACACCACUUUUAUAAUAGAAGCACAAAUGCAAUCGCCAGAAAUAACAAAUAAGCAAAUACAAAUCUUGCUCCAUCUUUACUUCACCUCCGCUAAGCUAAAAGUGGCUAAUGUUCGACGUGAUGACGUUUAGAAGUCUCAAUUAGCCAGUUGAUAGUAACCAACAUUUUUGAGACACGUAAAAAAGCUUAAGACAUCGUGUGUUGACCACAUAUCUUAUUUCAGGAAUCAUAACAAAAAGUAAUUAAAAAAACAUUGACUUCAACACAAGGGAGCUCGGAAGUGCUAACAUGCUAUCUCUAUUAAUGGGUUCACAAGGUAAUGAUUUAUUUCUCCAAAAAAACUUCAUAUGAUCGCCUCCCCACACACAUCACUCUUAUCAACUCCUAAAACAUAAUCCACAUUGACAGAUUAAUCUGCUAGGGUUGUCCCAAACAUGUUGUGAACACACUGGAGAUUAGGGAUGACCCGCCAUACUCCUCAUGCUUAAUCUGAGGCCAUUUGUUUAACUUUACAUCAAAUGAUAAAGGUGAAUGUCUGUUGUGUUCUGUACAUUUUGAGUUCAAAUAAAACGAAAGGCCUGUUUCAAUAGCACAAGA